AUGUACUCAGUUGUUCAUUUUGUCGGCGAUCAAACCGUAGGCGUGGUUGCGGCAUCCUGGUUUAUAUACCCGCAUACCGUCUAUUGGCCUAAAAACGCCAUGAAACGCAGACAUUUGCUGGAGAGGAAUGUUAAGCCGCCGGAGUCCACCCUCUGUUAUCGCGUCCGAACGAUACAGGGCAACUUAAAAUUGGAAAAGGCCCGGCGGAAGGUUGCCAAGGCUCUAAUGUCGGACAAUCUGUCCAGCUUUGAGCCCACUCAAAGAGGCAAAGGAAUGAGAAAAGAGUACUUUAUCAUUACCGAUAAUAUCACUUUCCAGAUUUGCCCGCCAGAUAUGAUCAAGUUCGGAUGA